UCUAGCGACGAGAUAACAUAUUGAAUAUCGACGAUAUCUGAUAAAUCACGUCAUUUGGAUCAUAAAUAUUAUGCCACUGGCCAGCCUUCCUCAGGAGCUUCUCGAUAUUAUUGUGGACGAGCUCAGCCAGGAUCGCAAAUCUCUUUGUGCUCUUCAUUCCACGUUGCGAUCGUUCAGAUGCCACGUACGGGGACAUCUUUUCCGUUCCAUUAAUCUGACAGGAGAGCGUCGCUUUUAUUCAUUUCUCGAGCUAUGCACGGCUGCUUCAAAUAUUUCCGACUUUGUUCAGUCAUUAGAGGUCACUGUUUUCAUUGACCCUGAAUAUCAACGCAACGCAUUCCAAGCUCUCGGAAACCAUCCAUUGCCCAACUUGCAUGCGCUUUGCAUAUUUGGUGACCCUAGCAUACUCCCAGCACAUCCAUCCCGGGUGAACACCCAUGAGAUCCCCCCUCUCUUAAACCACCCUGUUACAACUCUCACCUUGCACAACCUCAAUAUCAAAUCUGCCCGACAUUUCCGCGAUACCCUGCGGUCCUGUCCCGCUCUCCAAACCUUGACCAUUAACUGGGUUCGCGUAUGUGCAAGCAAGCCUUCAUCGCUGGUCCCUGAGACCGCCGAUGCUGGACCGGAAAUACAGAAUCUGUCCAUAUCAUUCACGCGGUACAACUUGUGUGCCUUGGACACGUUCUUCAAUUCCGAUGGGACACUAUUUGCGCUUCGCGGGUUACGCAAGUUCUCUUUUUCGUGGGUAAUAGACUGGCGGGGGACACGCGACCUUCAAUUGCUCAUUCCUGCGACGAGGGGGACUCUCCAGGAGCUGCAUCUGUGCCAUAGCAAUGUGGCAAGCUAUCACAAGCCUCACGAGAGGUCACAUAUCGUAGACUUCUCGCAGGUCCCUUGCGUCAUCUUUGACCCACCUCUGCGUGACGCAGACCGAUGCACAGGACUUGCGUGGUUUGCGGAGUGCUUGGGAUCUGGAGACGGGCCUGCACGCAUCCGUCGAUUGCGCCUGUCGCUCUAUGUUCUCAAUUUCGAAAUCCUUUUAUCUUCGCCUUAUAUGCUAGUAUGGUCCUCUUUGGAGCGAGCACUUGCAGCUCCACGGUUAGCAUCGCUUGAAAAACUCAAAAUCUCAAUUGUUGUCACCGGGGAACAACAUAAAGAUCAGCCGAGCUUGGAGCAGAUGAAGCAGGACUUUUUGGCUGCUUUUCCUAUCUUACAUGAGCAGAGAAGAGUGAUUGUACAGACUGCGACCCUUUAAGAGCCUCAUGAGGGAACGCUCGCAAGCAGAAAUUCCAGUUGAAUCAUAAAAGUCAUCACGUAUAGCAUACAGUUCCGUAACUAG